UGAGUCGGAGGGAAUACAUCAGUUUGCGCGCAUACAGUUCUCGGUUAAAUUGUGGAUAUUUAAACGGCAUACGUUCAAUUUUGGAUAAACACUUACAUCUAAGUUAAACGGAUCGAGGAGAGGUGAGCCAGGUGCUGUCGCUUUAAAGCGAAAACCCCCCCUCCCCCAGCCCCCCUGGAACUGGGAACCCCUUUAGACCCAGAUAACAUGGACGGAUUCUAUGAUCAGCAAGUACCAUUAAUGGUCCCACCCAACCACAAGUCUCACUCUGAGGAACCGUCUUACGCCAGACCCUUCAAUGACAGAAAGAGGAAGUUUGUUGACAGUGAACUCGCCCUGGACACAGAAGAACUCUUCCAAGACCUCUGUCAGUUGCAAGAGAUCUGGAUUGCGGAAGCACAUGUGCCUGAUGACGAACAGUUUGUCCCAGAUUUCCAGUCAGAUAACUUGAUGUUUCAUGGCCCGCCUCCGGCCAAGAUCAAACGAGAGCUGACUCCCUCCAAAGAACUCUCUCCCUGUCGCCAGGACAGGAGUCCCAUGCCCUACGGAGAGAAGUGCCUUUACAGCUACAGUGCCUACGACAGGAAGCCCACCCCGGGGUUCAAGCCAUUAACUCCCCCCUCCACGCCAGUCUCUCCCUGUGGCCCUGCCGGCAACACGGGGGCACACCCCCUCAGCGAGCAGGCCUCCCCCUCACACCCACGGAUACCCCAGGGUCAGACUCAGUCCAGGCAACAUCCCGGCCUGCAGGUGCAGCAGCCCCUCGCGGCGAACCAUGGCGCUCACAGCCAGCGGCCGCACCAGCUCCAUGGCCAAAGCCCGCCGUUCGCUGUGCCCUGCCCGCCCCACAACCAGGAUGCCAACAGCUUCAGCCCCGAGCACAGGUUCCAGAGGCAGAUGUCGGAGCCAUGCCUCCCGUUCCCCCCGUCAGAGAGCCAGCAGUGCUCCCAGUUCCUGCCCCAGCCCGCCACCGCCUCCACCAGCAGCAGCAGCACCAACAGAGUGGCCCGCGACGGGCGGCCCCCUUACCACCGCCAGAUGUCGGAGCCCCUGGUCGCCGUGCCUCCCCAGGGCUUCAAGCAAGAACUGAUGGACGCGCGGUACGCAGAACAAGGAGUCCCCUCCAUGGGCCCCCCGGGGCCCCCGCAGGGACAGCCUCAGGCGGCCUUCCAUCCCAUGGCCAUCAAACAGGAGCCGCGUGACUUCUGCUUUGAUUCUGAAGUGCCUAACUGUCAGUCGUCCUUCGGAAGAUCAGGUUUCUACCAAAUCAACCAUGAAGGCUUCUCCUUCGACAGAGAACCUCACCUUUAUUUUGACGAUGCCUGCGUUGUACCGGAGAGACUGGAAGGUAAAGUAAAGCAGGAACCGUUGGUGUACCGUGACGGGCCACCGUACCAGCGCCGCGGCUCCCUGCAGCUCUGGCAGUUCCUGGUCACCCUGCUCGACGACCCCGCCAACGGCCACUUCAUCGCCUGGACGGGCCGCGGCAUGGAGUUCAAGCUCAUCGAGCCUGAGGAGGUGGCCCGUCGCUGGGGCAUCCAGAAGAACAGGCCAGCCAUGAACUACGACAAGCUGAGCCGCUCCCUGCGCUACUACUACGAGAAGGGCAUCAUGCAGAAGGUGGCUGGCGAGAGGUACGUCUACAAGUUUGUGUGCGACCCAGAGGCUCUGUUCUCCAUGGCCUUCCCCGACAACCAGAGGCCCAGCCUGAAAGGGGACCCCGACAGCCUGCCCGGCACGGAGGACGAGACGCUGCCGCUCAGCCACUACGACGAGAACACCCCCUAUCUGUUGGACACCGCCGAGCAGUGCACAGCCAGCCUGCCUUUCCCGGACAGCUACGGCUACUAAACGCCACAGUGGCUCCAAUGACGCACAUGACGUCACAGGCAUCAUCCACAAACACACACACACUCUCUCUCUCAACCUAACGUGCACCCAGAGCAGCCCUACAGUCUUAAGGGGCCUGCUCCAGUAACCCAGGGUUGGAAACCAAGAUCACCUCCCCCUUCUUUCUUUUUU